GAUUGACAUCCGGCAUAAUUUGGCACUAAAAGUGCAAACCCAAAAUAUAACUAACGAGAAGCUGAUUCUUAUAGCCAUCUAAGGUUAUCUUUGAUUUGUGGCGCAGCUAGCCUGCACAACCCAGUUGGUAUCUAGAUCUAAUCUAGGCGGUCGAAACUUGAAGUUGUGUGGUUUGCUCGUUAACGUCAGCUAGCUGAGAAGGAGAGGUUUUCAGAAAGUGCUCCAGGGCUAUGACUGCGGAAGAGGUGACCAACGAAGGACCGAACAUCCCAUUCACGAUGGAGGGAGAGGAUAUCACGCAGAAGAAAGAUGGAGGGGUUUUAAAGGUAACUAAACUAGCUAGCGGUCGACACUAGUUACCACUGCCACAAAGUCUUAAACCCCGCCUAUUUCUAACAUGUAUCUUCUUAAAAGGUGGUUUUAAACCUAACUGUAACUCUAACCUUAACCACAUUGCUAACCUUACACCUAACCCUAACCUUAAAUUAGAACCAAAAAGCACAUUGUUGUCAUUAAUUUGUACGAUAUAGCCAAUGUUGACUUUGCAGCUGUGUUAACUAGUGGAAACCCCUAGCGAGCCAACAAGCUAACGUUAGCUUGCUCGCUAUCUAGCCAAUAGCAAUUCAUUGAAUGGCAUAACCAGCUAGCUAACCUAGCUAGCUUGACUGAAAAACAUUCUAAGAUAUUCUGGUCAAUUGGCUACAGUAGGGUAAUUUAGAUUAGUGAGAUGAUUUUGCAGCGCAGUCCAUGAUCUAUUUGCAACAUUUGGGGUUUGCUACUGUAGUUAUAUCUAGCUAGCUAUUGGCUUGCACCUCACAUCGUGACAUCAUCACCUCGAACAAGUUAGCUAGCUUCCCCACCAGCCCAGCAUCCCACAAUAGUAUCCAGGUGCAGACCCGCAGCAGCCUGUGACUAAAACUACCCUGUCACUAAAACCAUAAUAUCGCGAUCUACUGGCUGUGGUUAACCCAGGGGAGAAUGACUGCCCCCUCUCGUUGAAGCCAGGAAGUUCAAGGCCGACCGCGGUACUACAGGCAUUGUUAUCAGAAAACAUUGAAAUUCGCAAUCUUAGUGUAAAUACAUUUCGAAGACAAUCAUGGUACCAAUUUUUGUUCUGUAUGUCCUUGAACCGAUUAUUAUUUUUUAAAUCGCACGGAUUAUCAUUUAGUAGCUAAUGGCAGCCAGCAGUAUAAGGGGGCAGCACUGAGCUAGCCUGCAACGUUACUUCCUGGAAUGGCUCGAACUGCGCUUUUUAUGUCUUCAUAGACAGGUUGGUUGUUUAAAUGCAUCGUUAUAGUUGUUGGUUAGCUAGCUAGCGAAUUUUAGUUAUAUUAGCAUAGAAGUGACAUCAGUCAAACACCCCAAAACAAGAUAUGGUAUCAAUAACAAGAUAAAACGAGGCUACAGUAAACAUAUCCUCCCCUCACGAAUGAUGCAGCUCCCCCUUGGGUCAAUCAGUGUAAUUUUGUAAAUGAGGGAUCUCUAUAGCGAGACACAUUAUUCACCCAAGUUUUGUCAAAAUCGGGCCAGUGGUGUCUGAGAUAUCGAGUGUGAUUAACAUAAAUACAUUUCCUCUCCUUCCCUAUAUCCCUUUCCUUAUCUCCAAACCUUUCCUAGCUCCCUUUUCCUAGCUUCCUUUCCUCAUUUUCUUUCCUAGAUUCCUUUACUCCUUUCCUCGCUAGUUUAUUUUCCUUCUUUCCUAGCUUCCUUUCCUUUCCUAGCUUCCUUUCCUUCCCUACCUCCCUUUUCUCCCUCCAUCCCUAUCUCCCUUUCUUUGUAUCCUUUCCUUUUCCUAGCUCCCUUUCCUAGCUCCCUUUCCUAGAUUCCUUUCCUCCUUUCCUUUACUCUUUUCCUAGCUCCCUUUAUUUUCCUCCUUUCCAAGCUUCCUUUCCUCCUUUCCUGGGAUUAACCACAGCCAGUAGAGAGGAAAAUUAAGGGAGAUGGGGCGGUAGGAAAAUAAGAUAAGGAGGUAGGAAAGGAAGCUAGGAAAGGAGGAAAAGGGAGCUAGGAAAGAAAAGGAGUUCACAUGUACAGUGCAUUCGGAAAGUAUUCAGACCCCUUGACUCUUUCCACAUUUUGUUACGUUGCAGCCUUAUUCUAAAAUGGAUAAAAUUAUAUAUUUUUCUCAUCAAUCUACACACAAUACCCCAUAAUGACAAAGUGAAAACAGGUUUUUAGAAAUGUUUGCAAAUGUAUAAAAAAAAAAAAAAGAUACCUUAUUUACAUAAGUAUUCAGACCCUUUGCUAUGAGAUUCGAAAUUGAGCUCAGGUGCAUCCUGUUUCCAUUGAUCGUCCUUGAGAUGUUUCUACAACUCGAUUGAAGUCCACCUGUGGUAAAUUCAAUUGAUUGGACAUGAUUUGGAAAAGCACACACCUGUCUAUAUAAGGUCCCACAGUUGAAAGUGCAUGUCAGAACAAAAACCAAGCCAUGAGGCCGAAGGAAUUGUCCGUAGAGCUCAGAGACAGGAUUGUGUCGAGGCACAGAACUGGGGAAGGGUACCAAAAAAUGUCUGCAGCAUUGAAGGUCCCCAAGAACACCGUGGCCUCCAUUAUUCUUAAAUGGAAGAAGUUUAGAACCACCAAGACUCUUCCUAGAGCUGGCUGCCUGGCCAAACUGAGCAAACAGGGGAGUAGUGCCUUGGUCAGGGAGGUGAUCAAGAACCCGAUGGUCACUCUGACAGAGCUCCAGAGUUACUCUGUGGAGAUGGGAGAACCUUCCAGAAGUACAACUAUCUCUGCAGCACUCCACCAGACGGUAGAGUGGCCAGACGGAGCCACUCCUCAGUAAAAGGCACAUGACAGCCUGCAUGGAGUUUGCCAAAAAGCACCUAAAGGACUCUCAGACCAUGAGAAACAAGAUUCUCUGGUCUGAUGAAACUAAGAUUGAGCUCUUUGGCCUGAAUGCCAAGCGUAAUGUCUGGAGGAAACCUGGCACAAUCUCUACGGUGAAGCAUGGUGGUGGCAGCAUCAUGCUGUGAGGAUGUUUUUCAGCGGCAGGGACUGGGAAAUUAAUCAGGAUCGAGGGAAAGAUGAACGCAGCGAAGUACAGAGAGAUCCUUGAUGAAAACCUGCUCCACAGCGCUCAGGACCUCCGACUGGAGCAAAGUUUCACCUUCCAACAGGACAUCGACCCUAAGCACACAGCCAAGACAACGCAGGAGUGGCUUCGGGACAAGUCUCUGAAUGUCUUUGAGUGGCCCAGCCAGAGCCCGGACUUGAACCCGAUCGAACAUCUCUGGAGAGACCUGAAAAUGGCUGUGCAGCGACGCUCCCCAUCCAACCUGACAGAGCUUGAGAGGAUCUGCAGAGAAGAAUGGGAGAAACUCCCCAAAUACAAGUGUGCCAAGCUUGUAGCGUCAUAUCCAAGAAGACUCAAGGCCGUAAUCACUGCCAAAGGUGCUUCAACAAAGUUCUGAGUAAAGGGUCUGAAUACUUAUGUAAAUGUGAUAUUUUUAUUUUUGUUACAUUUGCAAAAAUUUCUAAAAACAGUUUUUGCUUUGUCAUUAUGGGGUAUUGUGUGUAGAUUGAUGAGCGGGGAAAACGAUUUAGUCCAUUUUAGAAUAAGGCUGUAACGUAACAAAAUGUGGAAAAAGUCUAAACUUUCAGAAUGUACUGUAUGUGGUAGGGAUUAUGGUGCUUUCACGACAACUGAGAACUCAGAAAAAACGAGUUCAAGGGAAGGAGGAGAGGAGAAAGAAAAGACAAGGGAGGUAGGAAAGAAAGUGAGGAAAGGGAGAUGGGGAAGGAGGAGAGGAAAUGGAGGUAGGAAAGGAAGUUAGUAAAGGAGAAAAGGAAGCUAGGAAAGUUGUAAAGGAAAGGGAGCAAGAAGAGGAGAAAAGGAAUCUAGGAAAGAAAGAGGUUCACAUAUAUGUGGUAGGGAUAAACCAUGGCCAGUAGAGAGGAAAGGAAAGGAAGAAGAAAAGGAAUCUAUGAAAGGAGGCAGGGCAUAAAAUUACAAUUUUGGUCCACCAGCCACUGUAGCAGGUAGAUAAAAAGAUCUACCAGCCACUCAGAUCUUUUACCAGCCAAAAUGUAUAUUUUUUCUGCAAAAAUUACACCAACAAAACACACAAAAAACGGAUGAGCAUGCUUUGUAAUGUUUCUAAAACAAUACAUGUGUUACUACACUGCUCAAAAAAAUAAAGGGAACAAUAAAAUAACACAUCCUAGAUCUGAAUGAAUGAAAUGAUCUUAUUAAAUACUUUUUUCUUUACAUAGUUGAAUGUGCUGACAACAAAAUCACACAAAAAUUAUCAAUGGAAAUCAAAUUUAUCAACCCAUGGAGGUCUGGAUUUGGAGUCACCCUCAAAAUUAAAGUGGAAAACCACACUACAGGCUGAUCCAACUUUGAUGUAAUGUCCUUAAAACAAGUCAAAAUGAGGCUCAGUAGUGUGUGUGGCCUCCACGUGCCUGUAUGACCUCCCUACAACGCCUGGGCAUGCUCCUGAUGAGGUGGCGGAUGGUCUCCUGAGGGAUCUCCUCCCAGACCUGGACUAAAGCAUCCGCCAACUCCUGGACAGUCUGUGGUGCAACGUGGCGUUGGUGGAAGGCGCGAGACAUGAUGUCCCAGAUGUGCUCAAUUGGAUUCAGAUCUGGGGAACGGGCGGGCCAGUCCAUAGCAUCAAUGCCUUCCUCUUGCAGGAACUGCUGACACACUCCAGCCGGUCUUGCAUUGUCUUGCAUUAGGAGGAACCCAGGGCCAACCGCACCAGCAUAUGGUCUCACAAGGGGUCUGAGGAUCUCAUCUCGGUACCUAAUGGCAGUCAGGCUACCUCUGGCGAGCACAUGGAGGGCUGUGCGGCCCCCCAAAGAAAUGCCACCCCACACCAUGACUGACCCACCGCCAAACCGGUCAUGCUGGAGGAUGUUGCAGGCAGCAGAACGUUCUCCACGGCGUCUCCAGACUCUGUCACGUCUGUCACAUGUGCUCAGUGUGAACCUGCUUUCAUCUGUGAAGAGCACAGGGCUCCAGUGGCGAAUUUGCCAAUCUUGGUGUUCUCUGGCAAAUGCCAAACGUCCUGCACGGUGUUGGGCUGUAAGCACAACCCCCACCUGUGGAUGUCGGGCCCUCAUACCACCCUCAUGGAGUCUGUUUCUGACCGUUUGAGUAGACACAUUGUUACGUUAAUUAUUUAACAAAACUAUUUCAGUGUCUCGGUGCAUCUCCCAAAAGGUUGUAAGUCUUUUGGGAUUUAAGUAACGGACAGAGUCUCGAUCUGCAUAGUCAGAGAUUUAUUCAUUGAGAAUUCUGCCAUCACAAUUUCAGAGUCCAUCUUUUAUAGUCAUACGUCAUACAAAAAAAUCCCUCCCCUCUGUAGGGGGGCUGUAGUUUUCCACUCUAAAACUGCUCUCCUGACCAUCAGUUCACACACACACAUAUACACACAUGCAUACACACAUAAAUACACACACACUUUCUUAUCAUAGCCUACUACCUGCAUUCCUCAGUUAUUGCCGUUCUCACAAUAUUCUGCACCAUGUUUUCAUAACAGUUUCUCUACUCCCUAAAUUCCUCAGUUAUCAGUUGCCUUUGUUGUCUGGCCUAACUCUUACUCACAUUGCUAAAUAGUGGCUCAAUGCCAUAGCCUUUACUGGUCCUACACUCACACAUUUCUAACACAUUAUACACAGUUUCAGGGUGUAAUAAUUAGUCAUUAAUAAUUAAUCUAUCACACACGCACAUUUGUGGCCUGCUGGAGGUCAUUUUGCAGGGCUCUGGCAGUGCUCCUCCUGCUCCUCCUUGCACAAAGGCGGCGGUAGCGGUCCUGCUGCUGGGUUGUUGCCCUCCUACGGCCUCCUCCACGUCUCCUGAUGUACUGGCCUGUCUCCUGGUAGCGCCUCCAUGCUCUGGACACUACGCUGACAGACACAGCAAACCUUCUUGCCACAGCUCGCAUUGAUGUGCCAUCCUGGAUGAGCUGCACUACCUGAGCCACUUGUGUGGGUUGUAGACUCUGUCUCAUGCUACCACUAGAGUGAAAGCACCGCCAGCAAGUGGUCUGUGGUCACCACCUGCAAAACCAGUCCUUUAUUGGGGGUGUCUUGCUAAUUGCCUAUAAUUUCCACCUGUUGUCUAUUCCAUUUGCACAACAGCAUGUGAAAUGUAUUGUCAAUCAGUGUUGCUUCCUAAGUGGAAAGUUUGAUUUCACAGAAGUGUGAUUGACUUGGAGUUACAUUGUGUUGUUUAAGUGUUCCCUUUAUUUUUUUGAGCAGUGUAUUAAGAAAUUGUGUGAUUGUUUAAUUUCAUUUUUUGUGACCUGAUUCUUGUAACCAAAAUAUCACAGAUGAGACAAACAUUUUCACCUGCCCCUUUAUGGUUGGGGGUUACCAUGGUAACGUGGCAUGUUUGUGCCUGUGAGAUUGAGUCUGACUAGUAGAAGUGUUGUCUUCUCUUCCCAAGCAGUUGAAACUCAAACAUAGAAAUAUAACCUAGCUUGUGAACGAAAACAAUGUAAAUGGCCAAGAAACACAAUGACAAAGUCUCACUUCAGUAGACUUUCGUUUCAAGUAAAUUAGACUAACUUUUAUGCCUACAAAUUAAUAUUUCACUCAGCUCUUCACGUGCGCACAGCCCCCAGCCAGGCAGUGUUGCAGUGCGAGGUGGAAUAGGCUAUAAAGUAUUUGUAGUUCUUUGACUUUGUGCGAUUUAAUUUAGCAGCUAUGAAACAAAAUGGCAGCAACACUUAAACAGCUACUGCAGCAAUUAUUUUACUAUAAAUGUGAUCAUACUUGACUUUUUAUUCACAAAUGCGAUUAAAAUGCUUGCCCUGUGGAGCCCUGACCACCCAUGAGGAAAGGAAUCUAGGAAAGAAAAGUUCACAUGUAUGUGGUAGGGAUAAACCACGGCCAUUAGAUGGUGAUAGUAUUGGUUUUAGUGACAGGCUGCUGUGGGGCUGCAGCUGGAUGCAUCUUCUGCAGCUAACUAUCACAUGUCUAGUCAUCCCUAUUCAUUGUGAAGAUUUAGCAGUGAUCUAGCAGUGUCUUAGUUUUGGCUGGAAGGUUCUGGCCUGGGUAUAAGCAUUUCGUGGUUUCUUGUUUGUCAGCAAACGUAUCUCGUUACCUGGACGUUUUCUAGAAUGCCAAGAACAUAUGCUAUUUACUUAGCUAGCAGUAGUAAGCUAGCAAGCCUGCCAUAUUCGGGAUACACACAGCUGCUUGGAGGGGUGUGUGUGGAGAUUCUCCUUCUGGUUUUGGUGACCUGACCCUGCCCUGCUGAAUAUCCUAUUUCUGCAGACAGUGUGGCUGGUCACUGCUGAUACUGAGAAGGGUGUGUGUGUGAGAGACUGUCAGUCAGUCUGUCCCAUGGUGUAUUUCCUACAGGCAGACUUGCAACACAUGGUGUCUCAUCAGACAGUUCCCACAUUUCCACAUCAUCACACAAAUACAUCACCUCUUGAACAGUUUUAGAGCCCACAGCCCAAGACCUAAACACAACAGCAGCCCAAAGUACUAGAAUGCAUAGAGUAAACAUGCACCUGUUAAGAAACUGACUGUUAGAACUGUUAAGGCUCCUGUAUGGUUGAAAGAGAUGGGGCAAAAGGAGUGGCUAAUAAGUCUGCCUGCACAUCUGACUGGCUGACUUACUGCAAAUUGAGACAUUAUGUGACUAAACUCAACAAAAAGAAGAAGAAACUGUAUUAUGAAGCCAAGAUCAAUGAUAUAAAGAAUGAUGGGGAAAAAAAACAACUUUGGAGGACUUUUUAAAUGAAAUUAUGGGCAGAAAGACAAAUUCAACUCAAUCUUUCAUCGAAUCAGAUGGCUUAUUCAUCACAACCAUUUGAUGUUGCCAAUUAUUUUAAUGAUUACUUCAUUGGCAAAGUGGGCAAACUUAGGCAGAAAAUGCCAACAACGAACAGUGAGCCAUCAUAUUCAUGCUUAAAAAAAAAAAAAUGAAAGAAAAGCAUUGCAAGUUUGAAUUUUGUAAAGUUAGUGUGGAAGAAAAUGAUCAAUGACAAACCUCCUGGCAUUGACAACUUAGAUGGAAAUCUACUGAGGAUGGUAGCUGACUAUAGCCACUCAUAUCUGUCAUAUAUUUAAUCUGAGCCUAGAGGAAAGUAUUUGUCCUCAGGCCUGGAGGGAAGCCAAAGUAAUUCCGCUACCCAAGAGUGGUAAAGCGGCCUUUACUAGUUCUAACAGCAGACCUAUAAACUUGCUGCCAGCUCUUAGCAAACUGUUGGAAAUAAUUGGGUUUAACCAAAUACAAUGCUAUUUCUCUGUAAACAAAUUAACAACAGACUUUCAGCGUGCUUAUAGAGUAGGGCACUCAACAUGUACUGCACUGGCACAAAUGACUGAUAAUUGGUUGAAAGAAAUUGAUAAUAAGAUUGUGGGAGCUGUACUGUUAGAUUUCAGUGCAGCCUUUGAUAUUGACCAUAACCUGUUGUUGAAAACGUAUGUGUUAUGGCUUUUCAACCUCUGCCAUAUCGUGGAUUCAGAGCUAUAUAUCUAAUAGAACUGAGGGUUUUCUUUAAUGGAAGCUUCACUAAUGUCAAACAUGUAAAGUGUGGUGUACCGCAGGGCAGCUCUCUAGGCCCUCUACUCUUUUCUAUUUUUACCAAUGCCACUGGCAUUAAACAAAGUGUGUGUGUCCAUGUAUGCUGAUGAUUCAACCAUAUAUGCAUCAGCAACCACAGCUAAAGUCACUGAAACCCUUAACAAAGAGUUUAGUCUUUUGGAAUGGGUGGCCAGUAAUAAACUGGUCCUGAACAUCUCUAAAACUAAGAGCAUUGUAUUUGGUACAAAUCAUUCCCUAAGCUCUAGACCUCAGCUGAAUCUGGUAAUGAAUGGUGUGGCUGUUGAGACAAAAUUACUUGGCGUUACCUUAAAUUGUAAACUGGCAUGGUCAAAACAUAUAGAUUCAAUGGUUGUAAAGAUGGGGAGAGGUCUGUCUGUAAUAAAGAGAUGCUCUGCAUUUUUGACACCACAUUCCAAAAAGCAAGUCCUGCAGGCUCUACCUUUGUCUUAUCUUGAUUAUUGUCCAAUCGUGUGGUCUAGUGCUGCAAGGAAAGACCUAGUUAAGCUGCAGCUGGCCCAGAACAGAGUGGCACAUCUUGCUCUUCAUUGUAAUCAGAGGACUGAUAUAAAUACUAUGCAUGCCAGUCGCUCUUGGCUAAGAGCUGAGGAGUGACUGACUGCAUCACUUCUUCUUUUUAUAAGAAACAUUCCAAAUUGUUUACGUCGUCAACUUACACACAACUUUGACACACACACACUUACCCCACCAGAUAUGCCACCAGAGGUCUUUUCACAAGUCCCCAAAUCCAGAACAAAUUCAAGAAAGCGUACAGUAUUAUAUAGCGCCAUUAUUCCAUAUUGCUCAAAUAAACAGCAAACCUGGUUUCAAAAAACAGAUAAAGCAACACCUAACGGCACAACGCCUCCCCCCUAUUUGACCUAGAUAGUUUGUGUGUAUGUAUUGGUAUUGAUAUGUAGGCUACGUGUAAUUUUUUAUUGAUGUUGUUCUGUCCUUGAGCUGUUCUUGUCUAUUAAUGUUCUGUAUUAUGUCAUGUUUUGUGUGGACCCCAGGAAGAGUAGCUGCUGCUGUUGCAACAGCUAAUGGGGAUCCUAAUAAAAUACCGAACACUACCACAGACAUACUGUGCCAUACCCUGCUACAGCACAACUAACCUUCAGUGUCUCUCUUUCCCUCUCUCCCUCCCCUACAUCUCUAGUUGGUGAAGCAGGAGGGCACAGGGACAGAGCUGCCUAUGACGGGGGACAAGGUGUUUGUUCACUAUGUUGGCACGCUGCUGGAUGGAACCCCAUUUGACUCCAGUCGCGAACGAGGAGAGAAGUUCUCCUUUGAGCUGGGCAAAGGUGUGUGUGUGUGUAUCAAAUGUGUGUCUGUGUGUAAGUAUAAGCCAGGUGAUCAAGGCAUUUGACCUGGGUGUAGCUACUAUAAGUGUUUGUGUGUGUGUAGGUCAGGUCAUCAAGGCGUGGGACCUGGGAGUGGCUACUAUGAAAGUAGGAGAGAUCAGCCAGCUGAUCUGUAAACCAGAGUACGCUUACGGCACCGCCGGCAGCCCCCCGAAGAUACCCCCCAAUGCUACUCUUGUCUUCCAGGUAACCUUCUGUCUGUCUGUGUGAACAUUGACGUUUGACUUUGUGAGUGCUUAAAUUUAUGUUUAGUGUGUGUGUGUGUGUUAGGUGGAGCUGUUUGAGUUUCGAGGGGAGGACAUCACUGAGGGAGAGGAUGGAGGAAUCAUCCGUCGCAUCAUCACUAAGGGAGAGGGAUACUCCAAACCUAACGAAGGAGCUGCCGUAGAAGGUACACACACAAACAUAUCGUCAUCAAUAAGGAACAGGGAUAUUCCAAACCAAACGAAGACCUACUGUACAGGAUACAAGCUCUCACACCUUUCUCUGUCUCUUUCCCCUGCAGUGUGUGUGGAGGGCAGCUGUGAGGGCAAGGUCUUUGACCAGAGGGAGCUGAAGUUUGAGUUGGGAGAUGGAAAGAGCCUGGGUCUGCCAAAUGGAGUGGAGAAAGCCCUGACUGCCAUGGAAAAGGGAGAGGAGUCACUCUUUAUCAUCAAACCCAAGUAAUACACACACACCCACAAUUACAAACCUAGUCUACAUACUAUGUUGUUAUUUUGAGAAAUGUGUAGUGGUGUGUUCUCUGGUUAUAUUGGCCGAGUUGUGUGACUGUGUAUGUAUGGAUAUCUAAUUGUAGUGUGUGUAGAUAUGGAUUUCUAAGUGUGUGUGUGUGUGUGUAGGUAUGGCUAUGGAAACACAGGAAGCAGCAAGUACAGUAUUCCUGGUGGAGCCACUCUGCAGUACAAACUCAAACUGACCGCCUUCGAGAAGGUAUGACCCCUCACCCUUUAGCCAUAUCAACCAGAGGGUCCUGUCCAGAAACAUGCCUUAGGCAUUUUAUUCAUGACAUUUCCAAACCAUUUGCCUACUAAGUGUGCCCCAGAUAAGUCUGGUGUUCUGAGAGGUGAUUUGCUGACUGACUGAAGCAUUUCCUGUUCCCCAGGCCAAGGAAUCCUGGGAGAUGAACUCAGCAGAGAAACUGGAGCAGAGUAUCAUCAUCAAGGAGAAGGGAACACAGUACUUCAAGGUCUAGAUUUAGAUUUUAGUCAUUUAGCAGACCCUCUUAUCCAGAGCGACUUACAGGAGCAAUUAGGAUUAAGUACCUUGCUCAAGGGCACAUCGACAGGUUCUUAACCGCUAGGCUACCUGUGGGUGGGUGGGUGGGUGGGUGGGUGGGUUGGAGGGAGGAGAGAAGUAGCUUCAAGCAGCAGUGCAGUAUAACCAGCCAGGUCGCCCGUGAUACAAGUCAGUAUUAGACGUCCAGCCAUGUCUGAGGAUGUCGGGAAAUGAUGUGGAAACUGGCCACUAGGAGCAACAGUAAGCGCUGUUACCUUCAAAUAGGUUUCGAUUUUGCUAGGGCAGUGGGGUUGGCGGAUGGGCAUCUGCUUCUGGUGCAAAAGGUUGCAUGUUUGAAUCCAGCGAUAGAAAGUUAUUUUUGAGAUUUUUGUUUUAAGCUUAUCCCAAACCUUAACCCUUACCUUAACCAUUUGGAGUUAAUGCCUAACCUUAACAUUUCAGAGAUAAUGCCUAAACUUAACCAUAAACGUAACCUUAAACACUUUGAAAUUUGACAUUUGAGAAACCUGGAUGAACAUCUAAUUCUGACGUGAGACUGUGCGAGCUUGUUUAGUAUAACAGGAUUGUGUGUGUGUGUGUGUAGGAGGGGAAGCAUCGCCAAGCGGCUGUCCAGUAUAACAGGAUUGUGUGUGUGUGUGUGUAGGAGGGGAAGCAUCGCCAAGCGGCUGUCCAGUAUAACAGGAUUGUGUGUGUGUGUGUGUGUGUAGGAGGGGAAGCAUCGCCAAGCGGCUGUCCAGUAUAACAGGAUUGUGUGUGUGUGUGUGUGUAGGAGGGGAAGCAUCGCCAAGCGGCUGUCCAGUAUAAGAGGAUUGUGUGUGUGUGUGUGUGUAGGAGGGGAAGCAUCGCCAAGCGGCUGUCCAGUAUAACAGGAUUGUGUGUGUGUGUGUGUGUGUAGGAGGGGAAGCAUCGCCAAGCGGCUGUCCAGUAUAACAGGAUUGUGUGUGUGUGUGUGUAGGAGGGGAAGCAUCGCCAAGCGGCUGUCCAGUAUAAGAGGAUUGUGUCAUGGCUGGAGAAUGAAUCAAGUUUGCCCGAGGGGGAGGAGCAGAAAGCUAGAGCCCUGCGAUUGGCUGCUCACCUCAACCUGGCCAUGUGCUUCAUCAAGCUACAGGAACCAAGCUCUGCCUUCGACAACUGUGACAAGGUACACAUGCACACUCACUCAGGAGACACACACCUGACCUGACUGUAUCUGAACCUAUCUGACAUCCCAAAUAUUCCACAUCACACCUAUUCCCCGACCUACUUUUGGUUUCUGCUCUCUCUCUCACGUGUAUGCGAAGGCCCUGGAGCUGGACGAGGCCAAUGAAAAGGCUCUAUUCCGGAGGGGGGAGGCGCUGUUUGCCAUGAAGGAGUUUGAUAGGGCGAGAGCAGACUUCCAACGCGUCACACAACUUUAUCCUAGCAACAAGGCCGCCAAGAGCCAGGUACUGUACUAGAAUGGUCUUUGUGUACCCCCGUCUAAACUUCCCUCUCAUCUGGAUGUCCAUCUCUCUGAUCCGGGGCUCUCUGUCUUCCCUCCCAGGUGGCUCUGUGCCAGAAGCAGAUUAAGGAGCAGCAUGAGAAGGACAAGAGGCUCUACGCCAACAUGUUCCAGAAGUUUGCAGAGAGAGACGCCAAGGUGAGUCAAACAGCCCUUAGUCCCUACACAUUUCCUGUAGCCUCAAGGUGAGUUGAGAUGGAAUACUGAGGAGACAUCAGAACAGGGCUGAAGUUUUCUAAAUUAACCACUAGAGGGCAGACUAACCCACACUUAGCAUCAUAUCUUUUAAUUUUAAUUUUACAAUGACGGCCUACCCCGGCCAAACCUGGACAACGCUGGGCCAAUUGUGCGCCGCCCUAUAGGACUCAUAAUCACGACCGGAUUGUGAUACAGCCUGGAAUCUAACCAGGGUCUGUAGUCACGCCUCUAGCACUGAGAUGCAGUGCCUUAGACCACUGCGCCACUCGGGAGCCCAUAUAAGAAAGUGUUCCAUAGGGAUGCUGGCCAUGUUGACUCCAAUGCUUCCCACAGUUGUCAAGUUGGCUGGAUGUCCUUUGGGUGGUGGACCAUUCUUGAUACACACAGGAAACUGUUGAGUGUGAAAAACCCAGCAGCAUUGCAGUUCUUGACAUACUCACACCGGUGCGCCUGGCACCUACUACCAUACCCCGUUCAAAGGCACUUAAAUAUUUUGUCUUGCCCAUUCACACUCUGAAUGGCACACAUACACAAUCCAUGUCUCAUUGUCUCGAGGCUUAAUCCUUCUUUAACCUGUCUCCUCCCCUUCAUCUACACUGAAGUGGAUUUAACAAGUGACAUCAAUAAGGGAUCAUAGCUUUCACCUGGUCAACCUAUGUCAUGGAAAGAGCAUGUUCUUAAUGUUUUGUAUACUCAGUGUAAAUGUACUGUUUUUUAAUGUCUCUCUCUUUCUCUCUGCUGUGAUGAACAGAAGGAGGCUGACAAGGGGACGGAGAACGUAGGAGGGAUGGAAGUGGAGGAGAGUGGAGGACAGGAGUAAUGGCUGCUGGAGAAAGAUGUGGCAGUCUGUCUGUCAUGAAUACUUUUAAAACUUCAUACAUUUAUGUUUAUAAAGAGAGAAUGUGUUUGUGUUUGUGAGAAGUGUGUGUGUGUCCAUGGCUCAACUGUAUCUCGUGUGUGUGUGUGUGUGUGUGUGUGUGUGUGUGUGUGUGUGUGUCUGCGUUCUAUUGUCAUGGCAGCUAGCUGGCUGGGUGGGCCUUCUGUAGCUGACUGCACUCGGGAGGUGUGGCUAAAAGGAGUGUCCCCCAUCCCUCUGGUUAGCAUGUAGCAGGCUGCCCCUCCCUCCACCACUCCGCCUCCCUCCACCACUCCCCCGCUCAUAGAGCUCUUUGCUUAAUGGAGUUGGAAGCCCAGUACUGGGUGUGUGCGUAUUUGUGUGUGUGUAAACCCCCCUUCUUUCACCAAGCAAGGGCUAAUCCCCAAACCCCCUUCUCUUCUCACCCCCUCCCCCUUCCAAGGCCAACUGAUCAACUCCUGGGGACUGCUCCCUGUGUAUGUGUGACUGCGUGUCUGCAGACAGUAGCAGCACCCUCUCUAGCAGCAGUCAUGCUAACUAAGCGGUUGCUCUCUGCUUCUCAAACACACUGUAUGUUCUUACCCUGGGUUUAUGAUUUCUCUUAACUGUUCUUCAUGGGAUGAUGAUUUACUUCACACCUAGAAGGGUGUGUGCGUGUGUGUGUGCGCAAGUGUGUGUGAAGCAGCUAACGCAGCUUCUCCUGGUCAGACUCAACCAGUAUAAAGCUCAGUCACAUUACAUAUAUAGUCUUACUGUAGUCUGUCUGCAUCCCAAAUGAUACUCUAUACCUUGUAGAUCAGGGAUUCCCAAACUCCAGCUUGGGGCCCCCAAUGGGUGCACGUUUUGGUUUUUGCUCUAGCACUACACAGCUGAUUCAAAUAAUCAAAGCUUGAUGAUCAGUUGGUUAAUUGAAUUAUCUGUGUAGUGCUAGGGCAAAAAACAAAACAUGCACCCAGAGGGUGGGGCCCCAGGACCGAGUUUGGGAAACCCUGUUGUAGAUGACACAAUAUGCCCUACUUUUUGACCAGUGGUCAGAGGUGGCUACUAAAGUAGUGCACUAUAUAGGUAAUGGGUGUCAUUUGAGAUGCAGACUUACUGUAAUCUUACUCUUACAGACAGCAUCUCCAGCUCCAGCAGACCUGGCUCUAGGUUCAGCUAAACAAGGUCCUGUGGAGCAGGGCAGAGCAGCUAGGGAAUGCGAUUGGUCAGUGGGUGGGGUUUAGGGUGUCAACUGUGUGCUGGUUGGUUGGUUGGAGGGGGGGGGGGGGGGGGGGGGGGGGGGGGGGUCUGUCUGAUUGGAGCAUCACGAUUGGUUCUCAGACUGAAGGCUCUAACUCAGGGUUCUUCAAUUCCGGUCCUGGAGGGCCGAAACACUUCUGUUUUUUAUUUCUACCUGGUAGUUAAUUGCACUCACCUGGUGUCCCAGGUCUGAAUUAGCCCCUGAUUAGAAGGAGAGGAUGAAAAACAGAGGUGUUUCGGCCCUCCAGGACCGGAAUUGAAGAACCCUGCUCUAACUGCUAAUAAACAGAAAUUACGCAAACUCUGGUCUCUGUGUCCUCAUUUUUUGUACAAGGGUCAGUGUACCUUUUGGCCAAUCGAUUUUGUAGUAUACAGUGGAAACGAUAAAAGUAGUUUUUUCAAGACUGACAAAAUUAAAAUGCAAACUAAUUGGGUAAACCAAAAGCAAUCCUCCCAGUUGAGAUAUAAUUUAUUUGUCAUGCAUAAUCGUUAGAUGCUAAGCCGGUUCCUUGGGAUGACCCUAAACCAACCCUUAACCGUUUCAAAUGUAAACUUCAGUGGGGUGACAUCAGAUGUGGGUCCUCCCAAGCAAAAACCAUGCAUUACCCUGGCCAUAACUAAAACCAUAUCUCAAUCCCAUUUUCACUCAACAGUUUGGCCUGUCAAUCAAUGUAGGUGGGGUUUUCAAAGAAGGGGGUGGGAUGUUUGUGAGAGACAGUUGAUAGAGCUCCAGACCUGUCUAUCAAUCACUGGGGGUGGUGUACCAGGAGGGGGUAGGGUGCUACUAGUGGCUAGGUGCUACUAGUGGCUAGGCCAAGGGUAUUCAACUCUUACCCUACGAGGUCUGGAGCCUGCUGGUUUUCUGUUCUACCUGAUCAUUAAUUGCACACACCUGGUGUCCCAGAUCUAAAUCUGUCCCUGAUUAGAGGGGAACAAUGAAAAAGCAGUGGCAAUGGCUUCGAGGUCCAGAGUUGAUUUUGAGGGGGCUAGGCUGUUCUGACAGGCACAACAGUUGGGUUUACUAAAUCUGGUAUGCACCAUGGCAGUUUUAGCAUGUUUGAAGGAUCUGGCCUUUGAAGGGUCUGUGUGAUGUAUUAUUUUUUUAAAUCCUAAAGAUAGUAAUGAUCUGAUUAUCUGGCAAAAUUUUCUCUUUAAUCCAGAGCAGUGCUCUCCAACCCUGUUCCUGGAGAACUACCGUCCUGUAGGUUUUCGCUCCAACCCUAAUCUAGCACACCUAAUAAUUACCUGGUUUAUAAGAUGAAUCAGGUCAGUUACAACUAGGGUUGGAGCAAAAACCUACAGGGUAGCUCUCCAGGAACAAGGUUGGAGAGCCCUGAUCCAGAGCCAUAUAAUCAGUAUACGUGGCCCAUGCAGAGCUCAAACCUACCACCCUCUUCUAUAAACCAGCUAUCUGAACCAGAUCUGGAUCGACAUGAUCCAGAGUUGUUGAAGUUAUUGUUCACUCCUGAGUGGCGCAGUGGUCUAAGGCACUGCAUCGCAGUGCUAACUGUGCCACUAGAGAUCCUGGUUCGAAUCCAGGCUCUGUCGCAGCCGGCCGCGACCGGGAGACUCAUGGGCGGCGCACAAUUGGCCCAGCGUCGUCCAGGGUAGGGGAGGGAAUGGCCGGCAGGGAUGUAGCUCAGUUGAUAGAGCAUGGCGUUUGCAACGCCAGGGUUGUGGGUUCGAUUCCCACGGGGGGCCAGUAUAAAAAAAUAUAUAUGUAUUCACUAACUGUAAGUCGCUCUGGAUAAGAGCGUCUGCUAAAUGACUAAAAUGUAAAUGUAAAUGUAAUGUAAAUGUUCUGUUAGCUGUGGAUAUGAUCCCACCACAAACAGGAACUAGGCUAACUCAGAUCACUAGACAUAUUUGUGUUCAGUUGGUGGUGGGUCAGUAGGGGUGUGUGUGGGUCAGUGGUACUGACCAGCAGCUAAACCUGUCUCUCCUUUCACCUGCAUGGCUGCUUAGGUGGCCAUGACAUUAUCAGGUGGCUCUACUUCCUGUUUCCUUCACACACAACUGUGUCCUGGUUUCCAUCUCAAUGAAAAAGUAAACAUAUGAAGGUCACAUGCUGUGACUGGAGAGAAAGGAGGGAAAACAGGACUGGUGACAGCAACAUGAUGGAUGUGUAGCCUAUAUCAGCUUUUUGCUUUCACCUGUAGUUCUUUGCUAUCAAUGUAAAAGAGGAGAGGUUCCUACUGAAUUAA